UCCCCGCGGCCGCCGCCGCCGCCUGUAACCUGCGCCGCCAGGAUGUGGCUGGGGGCUGACGUCGGGUCCAGAUGUGGCCCCGGCCCCGCCCACCCCCGGGGCCGGGCCGCCCACACCGAGCUGCGGCGCGCACGGCGGCUGUCCUGCCUGCCACAGUGCGCGGCGAGGCUGCGGCCGCGACUUGGCGCGGUCGUCCUUAACGUCGCUGCUCGGCAUCUUUAAGACAGGCUGCCUCUGAGGCCGCGCGGGGACCCCACUCGUCCGCACCCUCCCAUGCACUCACUCUUCAGUGCCUGGCCGGGCGGGCCCCUCGCGGACGCGGAGCCGCGCGGGUGACGGCAGAGGCGGCUGCGCGCCCAGCCCAGCGGAGAGGGCGCGCCGCGCCCCCGCCCCCCUCCCGCUCUCCGGAGGCCGUGGGUGCGGAUGCGCCGCUGACGAUUCGCAGCGACCAGCAGUGCCGCCGGCCCGCCGGCCGGAGCCCGCAGCAUGGCAACCGCCGCCUAUGGGGACCAAUUCGCCGCCGAGUGCCUCGUGUCCAUGUCGAGCCGCGCGGUCGUGCACGGGCCGCGGCAGGGGCCGGAGCCCGGACCCGAGGGCGCGGCCACCGCUGUUGCCGCCACGCUGCCCCGCGUCGAGGAGCGACGCGACGGCAAGGACAGCGCCUCGCUCUUCGUGGUGGCCCGGAUCCUAGCGGACCUCAACCAGCAAGCGCCAGCGCCCGCUCUGGCGGAGCGCAGAGAGGGCGCCGCUGCCCGGAAGGCGAGGACCCCCUGCCGCCUGCCGCCCGCGCCGCCCGCCGUCCCCGAGCCCGCUUCUCCCGGCGGUGAAGGCGCAGCUGCCGCGCCCCUUAGCCCCGCGUGGAGUGAGCCUGAGGCGGGGCUGGAGCCCGAGAGGGAGCCGGGGCCCGCGGGGAGCGGCGAGCCCGGCCUUAGACAAAGGGGCCGGCGGGGCCGAAGUCGCGCCGACCUCGAGUCCCCGCAGAGAAAGCACAAGUGCCACUACGCGGGCUGCGAGAAAGUUUACGGGAAAUCCUCGCACCUCAAGGCGCACCUGAGAACUCACACAGGUGAGAGGCCCUUCGCCUGCAGCUGGCAGGACUGCAGCAAGAAGUUCGCGCGCUCAGACGAGCUUGCGCGGCACUACCGCACACACACGGGCGAGAAGAAGUUCAGCUGCCCCAUCUGCGACAAGCGCUUCAUGCGUAGCGACCAUCUGACCAAGCACGCACGUCGCCAUGCCAACUUCCACCCCGGCAUGCUGCAGCGGCGCGGCGGCGGCUCGCGCACCGGCUCGCUCAGCGACUACAGCCGCUCAGACGCCAGCAGCCCCACCAUCAGCCCUGCCAGCUCGCCCUGAGCUUCCCCUGCUCGCCCCCACAGCAGCACAGCCCCCCCCUCCACGCCCUUCCCUGUCCUGUGGGCCCCAGGCCCGGGCUCCCCAUCGUCCCCACUACAGCCAUGAGCUCUCACUUCUCCUGACCCCGCAUCUUUUCCUUUCAUAACAGGAAAGAAGAGAGAGAACUUUGCCGUCCACAACAACCCCCCCGACCCCCAAUUUUCUUCACCUCAGGUGUCAAACUCAAUUUGUAAAAAAACAACAAAAAAAUUCAAAAAACACCAUCCACAAAUUGCACAAUAGACACACCCAGGACGGUGAGGUUCAGCGGUGUCACCCCCUUUCUCAGGGAUGGACAUGGUCCAGGAGGUCAGUGCGGACACCCUCCCUGCCGCCUUACUCUGUACAUAGAUUUGCACUCUGGAGCUUUCUGCUGGGUUCGGGACACACUGGGACAAAGCAGGGGAAGCAGUGCAGGCGGACGUCGGCGUCCAGCUGGCAGGCCAGUCCGUUGGUCAGUUGGGAGUGGACACGGUCACUGACCCUUGUCUUUCGGGGGCCUGCACGUCCUUGCUGCCACCGCCCAGCCUCCAGCCCCUGCUCCGGCGGCCGGCUGGGGUCAGGACGCAGACGGGUCUGAGGGGAUGCCUUAAGACGAGCGAGGAAGCGGAGCCAGCCCCCGGAGGACCGCCUGGCUGCCCCUGCCACCAGGAGCCCGGAUUGGGAGACCACUGCACCAUCGACACGCGAUGUGACAGUGCCCAGGUCACACUCGCUGGCCCUCGUCCCCCCUUUCCUGCCCCCAGGUACGUGCCCAUACAGAGAUGCCUGCCAUUGUGUCCCUGCAGAAGGCACCGGGGACCUUUCACUAGUAUACCAUGUCCUCUGGAGCAGAGCCCAGGAGUUCUAGUCUUCAACAGAGAUGUCCCAAAGUGUCACCGAGGCAUCCAGUUCCCUUUUCUCUGCCACUGGUCCUGCUAUCUGCUAUCAGGACACCUUUGUUUGAACUGGUGGGUAGAGGUGUUGGGCCACCUUGCCAGAGGCUCCGUGUGUGACGGGGCGUGUGGCCGUCCCUUGCAGAGACUGAUCCAUGGCAGGAGACUGAAACAUGGUGACUGGAACUUUCCAGGAGUGGUGAAGUGGGUGUUAGGGGACAUUCUGUCAGAGAAUGCGCGUUCCGUCUCCUCCCCAGGGAGCACCAGACCCCCUGUGCCCCAGCUCAGAAUGAGCACACCUCCAGCCCUGCGUCCCUACCCAGCCCACACCCUGCCUGAGGCGUCUGCUGGAGAGGAGGAAGAGAGAGCAGGCAUUUCUCCCCAGCCCCGGCCUGCGCUGGCUUGGGGUCCAAGUCCUGGCAGGUCAGUCAGGCCAGGCUCCUGCACGCUCCCUGUCUGCAGACAACGGGGGUGUCCUCCCAGCACUGCUGCCCAGGCACCACCCUUCCCUUCCCCAGAGAGUUGGUGCCUGUAAAUACAAGCCCCCAGUACUGUGUGUGUGCGCGUGUGUGUGUGUGUACGUACGUACGUGUGUGUGUUGGGGCGGACUUGAGUAUCUGCCGAGAGUUCUGCCCAUUUUGAUGAGGGAUGGCCCGUGGGACCUCAGAGGGCCGUCGAUGGCCUUCCUGGGCCCAGAGUGCCUUGGUGUGGCCACCCUGCUCCCACCCCACCCUCUCACAGUGUGAGGUGCAGCCCUCAACCCCAGCAACCCAGGCCUGGCUGGUGCUCACAUCGCGGCCCAUGGCUGCUGCUUCGGGCCAGCUCCAGAGUGGACGGGCGCCCUCUGUCCGUAGCAACUACCAGGGUGGCAUCCUGCCGUAUGUAACACCCUGGGUGUCCGUAUCUAACUACUGUGUGUCAGCUGGGAUUGGCCAGUGCUUGGUAGUGGCUCCUGAGUAGCGUGAUAAGUACCAAGUUUGGCCGCAGUGAUGUUUUGGCUGUGGGUGGUCCCCGCCCUGGUCGGGGUGCAGAGCUGGCCCCCCUGGCCGCCGGGCUCCGCUCGGGCUGCAUGACGGCCCUUCCUGUGUUGGAUCCGGAGAGAGUGGACUGUGUCGUGGGGGCCUGGACAGAAGGGCGCCCCGGUGCUGGGGGUGCCCAGCUCCAGUGUGAGGCUAAGAAAGCCACACUGAAUACAUGUCAUGUCUCAGGAACUCACAUUCCAGGUUUAGGAAUUUUAUUCCAAAGUCCUUUGGUGUGCUUACCGUCCAGGGGUUCCCCGGAGGCAGGGACGGUCGCACAAUGCCGUCCCCUGGAGGAGCCCGGAGGCGUUGGGACGGAGGGUUUCUCUCCCAGUCUGUCUGCACAUAGGAAGGGGAAGGACUCUAAACCCAGUCAUCUUGGAAUAAGAGAAGAGCUGGUUUGUUUUUGA